AUGGAAUUCGAGUCAUCAUCCCCACGGCCCACUAACACCAACAGGCCAUCUUCCUCGUCCAGGUACAAAGGCGUGAUCCCGCAGCCCAACGGCCGGUGGGGGGCCCAGAUUUACCUCAAGCAGCAGCGCGUCUGGCUCGGCACCUUCGACACCGAGGCCCAAGCCGCCGCCGCCUACGACAUCGGGGCCCACAAGUUCCGCGGGCCCAACAAGAAAAAGAAACCCACUUACGACGACGAGGCCCAAACUGCGUUCCUGGAUUCACACUCGCGAGAAGAGAUCGUCGACAUGCUACGUAACCACACUUACCACCAGGAGCUGGAGCGUACAACGAGCAGAAACAUGGUCAUCGGCCGCUCGCCACGUGGCGGCCGGCGGGUGGAGAUGCUGUUCGAGAAAGUCCUGACGCCGAGCGACGUGGGGAAGCUGAACCGGCUGGUGAUCCCCAAGCAUCACGCCGAGAGGAACUUCCGGCCAUUUUUGCACCCGGAGGCGGCGGCGAAAGGGGUGCUGAUGAACGUGGAGGAGGAGGCGGAAGGAGGGAAGUUGGGGAAAGGGAAGAUGUGGAGGUUCAGGUACUCGUACUGGAGGAGCAGCCAGAGCUACGUGUUGAUGAGAGGGUGGGGCAGGUUUGUGAAGGAGAAGAGGCUUAGCGCUGGUGACUUGGUUAGGUUUAGUAGGUCGACGUCGUCCUCGGAUAAGCAGCUUUGUAUUGGUUGGAAGAAGAUCGACAAGAAGGUGAUCAGGGAACCUAGCGGCGGCCGGCUGGCGGCUCCGGCCGAUGCGAGUGGUGGUCAGGUGGUAAUCAGGCUGUUUGGUGUGGAUAUUUUCACCGGAAAAUAA